AUGCUGCACCCGACAGCGACGAAUCAUCUAGUUUUUUUUUCUUCAUCCAAUCACGAAGAGACCGUUGAGAAACACAGGCGAUACAAAAAGCGACGUGUCACCCAAACCGAUGCGGAGGUUAUUCCAACGUUCUGGCCGGAUGAAAAAUCUAGCAACGUCAAAGGAUGGCUGCACAAGAUCGACCAGUUGGGUGACGUAUAUAGAUGGGACAACAAAGACCGCCAGUUCAUCAUGCAGAUACGUCUUCGUGGGACGGAUAGAGACUGGUAUGACGAUCUGGACGACUACGAUUUCACGUGGAAAGGGUUUAAGGUCGCUCUAGAGACCGCGUUCCCACGUUCUACUGACUUUAUAGAUCUACUUGAAUCUAUGCUCGCUAGAAAGAAAACGUAA